AUGUCCGCGUCUCUAGACCUCGGCCCUCCAAAGGAGAGCUCUGGCUCUCUUUUUCUCAAGUCCCAAUUCCGUAGCCCGGUCCAAUGGCCUCCCAAAGAUACCAACCUCAAAGGCAAGGUUGCCAUCGUGACGGGCUCCACCAGCGGUCUCGGGCUUGAAGCAUCUCGUCAACUUCUAUCCUACGGUCUAUCGAGCCUCAUCUUGGCCGUGCGGUCCAAAGAAAGAGGCGAAAGGGUUGCAGCCAUCUUCAAGGCCGAGUUUCCGGAUGCUAAUAUCCGGGUCUGGUCUCUUGAGAUGGAGUCGUAUGACUCUAUCCAGGCAUUUGCUCGCCGCGCCGAAGCCGAACUUGUUCGCCUGGAUAUCGCCAUCUUGAAUGCAGGAGUGCAGGGAGCCGACUUUGUUACGGUACCUAGCACUGGCCAUGAGAAGUUGAUCCAGGUCAACUAUCUCUCCACUGCUUUCCUCGCCAUUCUGCUCUUACCCAUCCUCAAAUCCAAGUCUCCGGUGGGCGAACCAGGUCGUUUAACCAUUGUCAGCUCUGGCACAGCUCGAGGAGCCACUCUCUCAGAACCAAAAGGCGGUCCAAUUCUGGCUGCCCUUGAUGACAAGACUAGGCCAUGGAAGCCUGUUGAGCGAUAUGCCGUGAGCAAGCUCUUGGGUCACCUGUUUAUCAUCAACUUGGCCAACUACGUCAACUGUGAAGAUGUCGUCGUCAAUCUUGCUGACCCUGGACUUGUCAAGGAUACGGCCUUGCAGAACUUUGCACCGUGGAUUGUUGUGGUCUUCUUUUACAUCUUCAAAUCAAUUUUCGGGCGGUCACUGCCUGUUGGUGCGUCGACAUAUGUCGAUGCGGUUGCCGUGAAGGGCAAAGAGUCCCAUGGAUGUUUUGUGUCAAACUGGAAGAUUGCGCCUUUUGCCGCGUUUGUCUACACACCCGAGGGGGAGGCAGCGCACGAGACGUUGUGGCAAGAAACGAUGGCAGAGUUCGAGUUUGCUGGCGCGCAAAAAAUCCUAAACGACCUCAAGAAGUGA